ACAGCACCGCCCUGGCUGGCAGUAUAAAAGCAGCAGUCAGCCUUCAGCAGCUCUGAACUUGAGGAGACUCUGAGCGGAUUAAAAACCAGAGACAACAAAGUGUUUUCAUUUUCUGACAGUUUUCUGAAACGAGCUGGAAAAUGAUUAAAACAUCACAGAAAGAUAUUUGUGGAUGAUGGAGAGGCCGCUUCGUGUGCCGUUUUAUUUUUAUUCCUUGGGAUAUUUAAGUUGAUCGCACAGUCUGAAAUGCUGCGGGCGAAGUGAAGAAGAUGAAGAGGAGGAGGCAGAAAUGUGUCUUUGUGGCAACACCUGUCGUCUGAUUGCCGGAUAACUGAGAUGGAGCCGCUUUUAUUCUGGGUUUACAGAAGACGAGAAACGCGAGCGGUGGAUGAAUAUCUGAGUGAUUUCAGAGUGAUCUCCAGGCUUUCCUUUGAGCUCAAUGACGGGGGGAUCUGACGAGGGAAGGUGGAGGGAUGGAGAAUGCCAGUCAGCUCAAACCUACGCCUGUCAUCUACGGAGAGCUGUUGAACAUCUCCACCAACUACACCCAUGCCAAUUUCACGUCGAAAGCGGACGCCAAGGACGGUAACUUGGCUUUCCAAGCGGGUCUGGCCGUGACCUUAGCCCUCAUAACUUUCGCCACGACGCUUUCAAACGCGUUCGUCAUCGCCACCAUUUACCAAUCCCGAAAAUUACACACCCCGGCAAACUUUCUGAUCGCCUCCCUGGCCGUCACGGACCUCCUGGUGUCCAUUUUGGUGAUGCCCAUCAGCGCGCUGUACACCGUCAGCCAAACCUGGACACUGGGGCAGGCGGUGUGCGACAUCUGGCUGUCCUCGGAUAUAACGUGUUGCACCGCGUCCAUCCUCCACCUGUGCGUAAUUGCGCUGGACCGCUACUGGGCCAUCACGGACGCGGUGGAGUACUCCAAGAAGCGCACGCCGGGGCGCGCAGCCGGGAUGAUCGCCACCGCCUGGGUGAUCGCCAUCUCCAUCUCCCUGCCGCCGUUCUUCUGGCGCCAGGUGAAAGCAGAGGAGGUGACGAGCUGCAACGUGAACACCGACCACAUUUUCUACACCAUCUACUCCACCUUCGGCGCUUUCUACAUCCCCACGCUGCUGCUCAUCGCCCUGUACGGGAGGAUUUACGUGGAAGCCCGAAAGCGCAUCCUGAAGCAGUCGCACAAGCCGGGGAAAAGACUCACCUCGGCGCACCUCAUCACGAACUCCCCCGGCUCGGUGGCGUCCACGACCUCCCUGAACUACGGGACGAACGACACCACCUCCUGUGACACUACCUCGUCCGCGAACGUGAACCAAGUCAAAGUCACUGUGUCCGACGCGCUGCUGGAGAAGAAGCGGAUCUCCGCAGCCCGGGAGAGGAAGGCGACCAAAACUUUGGGAAUAAUCCUGGGAGCCUACAUCAUAUGCUGGCUCCCGUUUUUCAUUUACACUCUUCUAGUGCCUGUCUGCGAGUCCUGCUUCCACCCGGAGUUAUUUGACAUUUUCACCUGGCUGGGUUACCUCAACUCCUUAAUCAACCCCAUCAUUUACACCAUGUCCAACGAGGACUUCAAACAGGCUUUCCACAAACUAAUACGGUUUAAAUGCUGCAGGGCAUGAACGAUGAUUACCAGCCAUAAUAACCCCCCCUUCAAAUCUCUAACCAUCUGUAUAAUGCCAGAAUCAAACCCACCAUCACCCACAAAUAUUUCACUCCCCAGGUUUCCCCUGAGGGCAAAGUCACCAACAUCCAGACUGUUUAUGAUAAUGCGGCUGCAGAAUGAGCUUUUACCUAAUAGAUGGCUGCAGGGGACUGUGAAAAUGCACUGACCUGCCAUCCAGUCUGCAUUGUGUUAUCUGAUGGCACUGCGUAAUGAAUGGCUGCCAUUUCUUAACCACUGGAAUUUAAAAAAACAAAUAAAUAAAUAAAAAAUAAAAAGGCAGCUGCUGUUGGUGCAGAGGAGAAAUGUCAGUGGAUGUGAUGAUGUGGAAGCUCUGUGACUGGUUUGCAGUUGAUAGUGUUAUUACAAUGACUUGGGGAAAGCCCACAGCCCCAGAUGCAGGGGCCCCGCCUGUACGUGCUGCACUGGACUGUAGCCUACAGACUCACUUUGCCAUACGAGUUUGACAGCCAACAUCCGUUGGCUUGUAAGCACAAACAGCUUAGGACUAAGCUACCAUGAGCCCCAAGGGCAAAAAAUACGAUUUGUGUUUCAUUUUCCUGACUCAAUAAGGGGAAAUACUGGUGCCUACAACAAGUUUAGUUUAGUUCCUCAGACGUGCCUGGCCCAGAUGGAGAUAAAAGCAUGAGUUUAGUUUGCGAAAAAGAAACAAAUGUGGUUUAUUCUUGUGGCCAGUGUAUGUGUUUUCUUUUCUUUUCUUGCUGUGACUGAUGUUCACCUUAAACAAGGCUCCAAAAUGAGUGUAAAUGUAUGACUCUGUAUGCAUCAGUGUGAUUUUUACCUUAAUUUGCUGAAGAGUCUGGAUUCUGCUCAGUCGAAUGGGUAUUACACUGUAAAAUAGUGCAAAGUGACGGACUCUGAGGGCGCCGAUGUUAUCUACCAGACCUCUUGUUAAAGAUGCUUUCUUAAUUGUUAAGCUUUAGCUUUGAUGUUCCAUUUCAUGUCAGGCUAAACAAACACAAAAUCAGAUCUAGUCGAACAGGGUUGAUGAUGCAGGGUUUCUACGAUCAUCUCUUGGAAUUUGGCAUUUGCGUCUAAAACUUUGAAAAAUGUCACGGUAUUCUGAUCAAAAUCACCCCUUUUCCUCCCACCAAACCGUCACAUGUUAAAUGCCAAGCUUUAGCUGCUGCUGCUGAUCCCUUAAAAGAACAUUUUUGAAGGAAAAAAAAAAAAAAUCUAACUGAAAAACCCCCACAAAUCUGUUUGCUUGCAGAUUGUUGGAAAAGGAUGCACAAGCUGUAACAACAACAGCAAAGUACUGGUGAUGGAAAUCACGCUACACAUGGCCAGGGCUGUAGCUACCACUGAGGUCGUGUCCUUGGCAUUAUUUCCGGAAAUGUAGGGGUUUUAACAACCUGAGGAGGACUUUAAAUUACACACAAAUUACAUAUAAAGGCCCGUUCUGCAAUUUCUUGGAGUCAAAAUUGGUCAAAAUUAAUUACACUUAAGGGAUUUUCAGUAGUAAGCUAUUGCUCUACUGGAAUUAAAUUCUUGACAUUUUGGAGGAGGCAUUUUGUGUAAGGAGAUAAAAUUAAGUAUGAUUUUAAAGUUAAAUAAAUGUAUUUAAUAUAGAGAAAAACAUUUCUUGUGUAGGUAUGUGGUUGCAUUGGGCUGCGGCCCUCUACUGUGCAUGUCGUGCAAAAAUUUAGGACAUCCCAGAAUGUGAUCUCAAAAAUGUGUAGGAACCCUGUCCUGUUCAUUUUAAGGAAUAGUUUUGGGAAAUGGGCUUAUUCGCUUUCUUGCCAAGAGUUAGAUGCGACAGUUGAUAUCACUGUCAUGCGUUAAAAGAGCACUCCACCGAUUUAUCAUCGCACUCUAUGACACUGUCAGACUCACGAUGGACAGUUUUUAAAAAAGGAUCAAAAUCGAUGCAGCAGAACCAGAGAUAUCUUCUUCUUUAUUCCACACAUUCUUCUUCCUUGUCAAAACCUGGCGCCUACAUUACCCACAAUGCAACUCAACAGCUGGGUGGGAGAUGUUAUGCUAGUAGCGGCUAAUGCAGCCUGCAGCAGAGAGGAGCAGCUGCAGAGGUCUGCUGAGCUCACUGCUUUCUGACGCCACACCAACACUUUAGUUUCAUCUUCAAACUUGUAGUCUUCAGCCCCGACCGACGCCGACUCGAGUGACAUCACUUGAGGACAUUUAGCAGACUUCGCACAGCUCCCUCUGGAGACACUAAAGGCUUUAUACUACUUAUUUCACAUAUGCAGUAGUACUCCCCAACACCUGUAAACACACUUUUAUGUGUGUUCCCCUUUAAGUGUGGAGCUAGAGCCGGGAGACGAUUAUCCUAGCUUAGCAUAAAAACUGGAAGCAGGGUAAAACAGCUAGCCUGGCUCUUUUCCAAAGUUAAAAAAAUUCUCCUACCAACACAUAUAAAGCUCAGUAACUAACACAUUUGUUUAAUCUGUAUACAAACGGAAAUGUAAAAACCAAAAGUUGUGGUUUUACGAGGGUGUGCUAGAACUAUUUCUUGGCGCACAACAGCGAACAACAAGUUGUUGUUUUUACAUUUCAGUUUGUGUACAAAUUAGACAAAUAUGAAAUAGGUUAAUCAGUGAGCUUUGGAGGUGUUGGUAGAUGUAUUUUAAACUUUGGACAGAGCCAGGCUAGCUGUUUCACCUUGUUUCCAGUCUUUAUGCUAAGCUAAGCUAAUCGCCAGUUGGCUCUAUUGUCAUACUUAACACACAGACACGAGAGUGGUAUCAAUCUACUCAUCUAACUCUCAGCAACAAAAAAAAUAAAUAAAUUAAAAGCUUAUUUACCAAAAUAUCAAAAUGUUCCUUUGAUGUGGCUCUCCUGAAGUGUGAAAACUGAAAGCAUGCAUUUAGCAAAAAAUUAAAGCGCAAAAACUGCCUAAUUGUUUCUGAAGAAUCCAGAAAGCUGCCACACAACAGCUGCAGGGAGUUUGUUGCACCAGUAGAAGCAGAAAGAGUCUCUGUAAAAAAAAGGUUUUUUAAACAAAAUUAUACAUGACAGAAAGUCCUGCUGUAUGAUAGCAAUUUCCCUCACAACAUCAAUGACGGCUGCCAGAGAAUAAUGAAUACACUGGCUUGGUGACUUGUUUGGCAGCCAUGUUUAAUGUAAAAGCCCAUUACGGUGUGGACGUAUUGCAGCCAUCCCGCUCCACUGCAGCUCUGUGAUGAAUAGCCUCUUUGUGUACAGUAUCGAUCAGCUCAGUGUGAAACUCAUCCGGUGGCUCUGUCAAUCCAAUAGAAGUUGCAUUUCAUCCAGGUUAGCUUCUGCUGUACAACGCUUCUGCGCACAUCAGCGAUGCACUGUAACCGCUCUGCUCUGGAGGAUGAACUCCAACCCACUCGGAGCGCAAAAAAAAAAAAAAAAAAGCACUGCUGCUGUUGUGAAAACUGAAAAAUAUCAAUAAAAAGGUCUAUGGCAUCACGAGGUUA